UGUCGACUGCGAGCGAUGUUAUAGUCGCGCGUAGAGUCCUGCGCGUUGAUAAUGCAUGCGUACAAGUCCUUUUUCGGUGGCAAAAUUGUAGAUUUUUGCCUAUUUAUGAGUCACCGAUUUCAGCCAAUCUAAAAGCCGGUUCCACCAAAUGCCCAUUUAUGGGCAACGUGCGAAUCCAAGAUGGCGGCGGCGAUGGCACGCCCGGCUCGGUCGAUACGCGACGUGUAAUCAACUUUCAAGUCGGGCAUUCGUCAAUCAGUCGCGUUCAACUGUCGUGCCGUUGUGUUGCAGUGGGCUUGUACAUUUUCGCCGCCGAGUUUUUGUUUAUCGCAGCGACGUCGAAACACUCAGCAAUCAAGGAGGCCUCGUGCACGCCCGGCCGCCGCACACCGAAAGGUACAUUUUAGGCACCAUGACCAAGAACCGGAAGGAUCUGACGCCGAGGCACAUCUCCAAGUUCUCCGCUGUAAGUCGAGCCACCAAACCGGCACCAAGUGCCAACAUCCGGGUUGUCAUACGGAUUCGACCACCGAAUUCAAAAGAAACUGGUGAUAAUUACAGAUCGAUCGUGAAAUGUCGUGAAGCGAAUUCGUUGAUCUUCGACCCGGAACAAGAAGACACUCCAUUUUUUUACCAUGGAGUUAAACAGCGUCGACGUGACUUGCUAAAGAAACAACAUAAAAAUAUACAAUUCGUCUAUGAUCGGGUUUUUCCCGAAGCAGCAACCAAUGAGGAAGUUUUCUGUUAUACCACACGUGACCUAAUCGACAUCCUAAUGGACGGAUGCAACUGUUCAGUAUUCGCAUACGGCGCAACAGGCGCUGGAAAAACAUACACCAUGCUAGGAAAACCAGACUCACCCGGAAUAACUGUAUUAACCAUCGGAGAAUUGUUCAUGCGCAAAGAAGAACUCUCCGAAACACGCGAUUUCGAACUGUUCGUAACCUAUCUUGAAGUAUACAACGAAGACGUACGUGAUUUAUUAAAACACAGCGAUAAACCACUCCAACUCCGUGAAGACGCACAAAUCGGCGUGCGGGUAGCCGGAUUAACACACAAAAAGAUAAACAACGCGGAUGAAUUGUUUCAUUUGCUCGAUGAAGGCAACAAAAACCGCACACAACACCCAACUGAUUCAAACGCGGAGAGUAGUAGAUCACAUGCAGUAUUCCAGGUGUAUUUAAAAAUGACUGUGAGGACCACAGGUCAAGCAAUCAUGGCGAAAUUAAGUAUGAUUGAUUUAGCAGGGAGUGAAAGAGGUGCAGCGACUGGAUGUAAAGGUCCCCGGUUUAAAGAGGGCGCUAGUAUCAACAAAAGUUUACUUGCGUUGGGUAAUUGUAUUAAUAGUCUUGCAGACGGGCAGAAACACGUCCCAUACCGAGAUUCUAAACUGACUAGAAUCUUAAAAGAUAGUUUAGGUGGCAAUUGUCAUACGGUGAUGAUUGCGAAUGUGUCGCCAUCUUCGAUGACGUUUGAGGACACAUACAACACGUUGAAGUAUGCAACCCGCGCGAAGAAGAUCAAGGCGAAUGUUAAGAAGAAUAUCGUCGCUGUGGGCAAAUCAUCUGCUGAAUACAUCAAGGUUAUUGAAGGUCUCAAUGAAGAGAUUCGUCUGCUUAAAGAGGAAAAUUCGAGGUUAAAAGAAAGUCAAACUUUGGUUAUCACCACGCAGAGUUCGGAGGAAAUUACAACUACGACUUGUGAAGAGUUACCGACGAAUGAAUUGAUGGUUUGUAACUCGGCUGUGACCGAAAUAGAAUCAGAAAUACCUUCGGAAGAUUUAUCAGCGGAGAUUGCUAAUGUUAAGAAGUUGUUUAGGUCUUAUUCGCAGCUUGAAAAUGUUUUGCAUUCGUUUGUUGUGAAGCAACAACUGCAUGAGAAGCGUCUCCAGUUGAAAGAUGAGGAAAAAACGCGUCUGAAUGGGUUAUUAUCCACUUCACAGGAUAAAGAACAUAAUAUUCGGUUGAUGGAGACUAUGAAUCGUCUGCGCAGGCGCUCUGUACCAUACGAGAAUGAAAUAAAACAAUUACAAGUCAAGAUUGCGCAAAUAAAAGAACAAAUUAAGACAAAACUGCAAGAAAAUUCGAAGUUAAAACCAAUAAUUGAUGUGGAACAGAUUCAAGUUGAUGCUAUACGCGCAAAUAAUGAUAAACACACAUUCGAAGCGCUGGUCAGUAUGCAAGCGUUUGAGUUACAAAAACGUGGCGAGUUUAUGGAGCAAUCUUCGCAUUUACUGCAAACCUGGCAUGUUUUACUCACGAAACGUGGUUUGGUCACCAAGGAAAUGCAAGAUGUGUUUGAUAAGUUGCAUACGAUGAAUGCGUCAGAGUUACAAGAUGGCGGCGAUUCGGGUUUGAGCACUGCAUCCGGGACAACGAGUAAUUCAGCGCUUACUGUCACCACACUGGUGGAUCCAUCGCGAACGAUAAAACGCACCGGCAAGCGUAAACUUGAAGGUUCGGAGGGUGGUGAUUCUAAUACGGACAUGGAUUCGACUUUUGCGACAUCACACAAUUCACUCUUCAAAGAAUUGCAACCGACGCCUUCGAAGCGUAUGGCGAAGGGUGUACCGGCGCGACAAUCGCCGCGCAUCCGCAAACAGAAAGAAAACAAAGCCACGGAACUAUUGCGAAGGAUUCGACGGCCGGGCGUGAAUGUGGAGAUAUCUAGGCAUGCGCACAAGGCGCUGCCGGUGCAAACUGGGGCGAAACCGCCAUUUAGGUGAAGUGUCACCUUGCGGUAAUUUCUUUAUGGUUUUUAUCUUUCACUUUUAUCCGAGUGGUGGGGUUCUGAUAAGUUUAUGUAUGUAUAUUUUUAUAUUUUUAUAUCGACGAUGCUCUCCAUACUCUACGAGAGCUUUAAAUAGCUAGUAGGGACUUUUUGAAUUCUCUUAGUAAAAAAAAUUAAUUU